AUGGAAAACACGCAGAAGACGCUUGCAGCCGAUGGUCAGGCGCAGGCACACGAACCCGUGGUGAAAACCGAAAUAAAGCAAGAAUCUGCAACAGGAUUCAAACCACCAGAUGUCGGUCAAAGUCAACAACAGCCCUUUCAGGUAGCGGACCCCAAGCAGGCUUACUAUCAGCAGCAAAUGAUGUACUCUCGUAUGAUGGGACAAAUGCAUCAACAGAACAUGAUUUCGCAGCAGAUGACGCCGGGAGGACCGCAGCACGUCGUCCAGCAGCAACAACAACCUCAGAUGCAACAAGGACAGGUGCCACAAGGACACGGAGUCGCCUACCCUGGUAUGAUGCGCCCCCAGACAGGGAUGCAGCAGCAGCACACGCAGCAGGGCGCAGGAUGGUUCUACCCGAUGGCCAUGUAUAACCAACAAAUGAUGUCUGGUGGACAAGUUGUGCAUCCUCAAAUGAUGAUGAAUAACCAGGCAGCCGUGAUGUCCAAGUUCAUGCCGCAAUACAAUGCCUACAUGAAUAGAGUGCAGCAAAGCGCCGAGAUAAAAACAGAGAGGCCUGCUGUACCGACGGAGGUUAAGAAGGAAGAAAGUGUAGAGAAAGUUCAAAACAGUGUCUCGGAGAAUGCUGCGCAAUCUAUCAAAACAGAAGAUACCAACGGAGAGAAGCCAAAGUAUCAUGCUGAGCAGGCUCAGGCUGCGGGUGCCAAUUACACCGCUAGAUAUGGUAUGCAGCCCCAGUAUGGCUAUGGCAUGAAUAUGCCUGUAAAUCCAAUGAUGUACUACCAGCAGCAAAAUAGACUCGUAGUCGGAAAUGCCAUAGAGGGAAUACCGGCUCUUAGGAUGGCAAACAGUCGCUUCCAAAACGUCACUCAAAUGUUGGACGCUCUUGCACAACAGCCCAAGAAGAAGCAGCAACGCAAGUCACAGCCCAGAUACGGUUCGGAGGACACUGAUUUCAAAAGUGUGGUGAACGAUUAUUUCACUACCGAUGGCAGAAACGACAAUAGUGAUGACGAGUUCCUCGUUGGUAGAUCUGUGAAGGACGUCGACACUACAGCGAUCAGGCGUAGUGGGCGAGCCCGGACUAAAAACUCCCUUUACGCAGAAUAUACGGAAAGCGAUGCCGACACUUGGGAGGAACCAUCAGUCAGACACACCCAAGUGGUCCCUAAAAUGCCGAGGAAAAGGCGGGAGACUGGUAUGCAAUCCAGGAGAACACAGCAAAGGUCAACUGCCAACCCGUAUUCCAAAAACAACUACGUGACGUACGAUGACACUGAUGAAGAGUCGGAAGAGUACGCAAAUGUUGGCGCUGCGGAUUCAGGUCCUCUCGCGUUAAGACAUCGAAAGAGGCGCGUGAAUUAUGCAGAAAUGGAACACGAACAAUGGAGCGGGGAAGACGGAGAGGAUGCUGAAGAUGAAGAAGAUGCCGAGGAAAGGGAGCGACGACAAAAUACACAGCAGGAACUUCAAGGAGGCAUUGACCGGGUAAUCGACCACCGUGUGAACGAGGAGGGCGUCACCGAGUAUCUCAUAAAGUGGCAAGGAUACGCGCAUAUUCACAACACGUGGGAUGUCUAUGAGGCUCUAAAAGACUAUGGUGGCAUCAAAAGGCUUGACAAUUACAUCAAAAAACUCAAGCAGCGCGAAAGCAGAUCGCUAUACAUGACCCCUGAUGAAAUUGAGCAUGAAAAUAUAGAUAUGGAACUACAAAGGCGAAUCGACGAGGACGCACUCAAGGCUGAAAGGAUUGUCACGCAUUAUGUGGAUAAGGAAAAUAGCGUGACGUAUUAUAUGGUCAAGUGGAGGAGUUGCACGUAUGACCAGUGCACCUAUGAAGAAGAGCAAGUCAUGAUAGACCAUGAAUUUAACCACCUAAUACAGGAGUACAAAGAACGGGAGGAUCGCAUAUCCGGUGAAUCUGCAAAGAAAAUGCCGUGGAAUACCCACUCACUCAGUCUCACCAAAUUCGAGCCCUACCAAGAAACUCCAACAUUCCUUGCAAACUACGAAACUCGCAAACUUAGAGACUAUCAACUCAUCGGUGUAAAUUGGAUAGUGAACAGGAUGAAACGUGGUCUCAGUGUGCUUCUGGCAGAUGAGAUGGGUCUCGGUAAGACCGUGCAAACGAUAACGCUGAUCGGCCACUUUCUUUAUAGGGAAGGUCUUAUUGGGCCAUACUUGGUGAUAGUGCCUCAAUCUACCAUCGAUAACUGGAUGAGAGAAUUCGAAACUUGGCUGCCUAAGGCGAACGUUGUUUGCUAUUAUGGUAACGCAAAAGCGCGAGAGAUAAUUCGCACUUAUGAAUUGGCAAAGGUGCACGUGCCGGGAAAGGGCGAGAGAUACAGGUGCGAUGUCUGUGUAACUACGCCGUCCAUUAUUAACGCGCCUCUGGAUCUUGAGUUUUUAAGAAGGAUUUCGUGGCAGCUCAUGGUUGUUGAUGAAGCCCAUCAGCUCAAGAAUAGAAAUUCCAAGAGGUUUGUGGAAUUGAGGCAAUUCAUGGCUGACUAUAAGUUGCUCCUAAGUGGAACCCCGCUGCACAACAACCUGGAAGAGUUGUGGACGUUAUUGCAUUUCAUUAACCCCCAAAUCUAUCCUUAUUAUGAGGAAUUCAGGAGGAGGUACGCCGAUGUAGAAAAUGCGGCAGCCAUAGGAGAAAACAAACAAAAGCAGUUGCUUGCCCUACAACAAGAACUUCACGAAGUGGUCCUGAGGAGGGUCAAGAAGGAUGUUGAAAAAUCGUUACCAAACAAGGUGGAGCGCAUUCUGAGGGUGGAACUAUCGCCAUUGCAAGUCGAGUGGUACAGGAACAUACUAACGCGCAAUUAUGAUCAGUUGGCCAAAAACAGUGGAGGAUCUAGGUCGUCGUUGCAGAACAUAUGCAUGGAACUCAAAAAGGUCUGCAACCACCCGUUCCUGUGUUAUGAGCCCGAAGAUCGGCAAACAUGGUCACAAGGCCUUGUAUACGGUAGUGGGAAGAUAUGUCUGCUUGAAAAACUUCUAAUGCGCCUUAAGGAACGUGGGCACAGGGUGCUCAUUUUCUCGCAGAUGGUGCGUAUGUUAAACAUCAUAUCCGAAUAUCUUACCCUAAGAGGUUUCAAACACCAACGUCUCGACGGUACUAUGGGUAGAGAAGUAAGGAAAAAGGCAAUGGACCACUUCAAUGAUCCAAACAGCGAUGAUUUCUGUUUCCUGUUGUCCACCAAAGCAGGUGGUCUCGGUAUAAACCUGACUACCGCUGAUACCGUCAUUAUUUACGACAGUGACUGGAAUCCGCAAAAUGAUUUACAGGCGGAGGCUAGGGCACACCGUAUAGGUCAAACAAAAACCGUUCAAAUAUAUAGACUGGUAACUAAGGACUCGAUCGAGCAGACCAUUCUGGAGCGCGCCAAGACGAAGAUGGUGUUAGAUGCGCUUGUUGUACAGGGGCUCAACAAGAAGAGCAACGCUGUCGUACUAGAAGAAGGUGGGUCAAAGUGUGGUUUCUCCCGUGAAGAGCUUGCCAAGAUUCUCAAAUUUGGCGCCUCGAAGUUGUGGAGCAAGGACAAGAAUAAUACCCUUGAAAAUGCGUCGGGGGAGGAAAAUCUCGAAAUAGAUCUCGACAAGGUGCUUGAGGAAGCGGAAGUGACUAACGAUAACGAUGGAUUGGCUUCCGAUCUGCUGAGCACUUAUACUAAUAUCACUGAGUUUAGGUAUGAACCGCCUGAAGAGCAAUCUGAGAUUAGCUCUGAAAAUAACAAGGAGUUCUGGGACGCUACAAUACCACUAGAGGAAAGAGUUAAACUGAAGAAGAAAAAGGAAGAAGAACUGAUGGUUUUGGGCCCGCGAAGGACGAGGAACAAAGACUUAGGUGGAAUGGAUAACGAUGACUUUUCGGAUGAUGAAGCUGACGUAGACUUCCAACCUAAACGCGAUUCGAAAAUGAAUUGGGACAACACAGAUUCUCAAGGCGAAAAAGGUGUGGCCAAAAGACGAGGUCCCAAACGGUCACGCAAGGUGGUAUUGACCAUCAAGGACAAAGUUAAAAUCUACCGGUCGCUGAGCAAGUUCGGCGUCCCAGAAAUGAGACUAAAGGAUAUUCAUGAAGACACUAAACUGACCAAGGUUGACCCUCGCGUUAUUCUUAAUGAGUGCCAGAACCUAAUUGACAUGUGCAAAACCAAGAUUAGUGAGAUGGGCAAUGAUGAUGCAAUGGAGUUAUCUGCAACCUCUUCCGCUGCCAUGAAGCGCGCGUCAAAGGCUGUGAAAGCUUUCGAGCUAGGUGACGCUAAAAUAUCUCCUUUGGAAUUCAUUAAGAAGCUGAAGCUGCUAGAAUGCCUCGAAGAUUGGGGUAGACAACAGGCUGGGCCUGGGUGGGCUACGUCAGACCAACCCCUGGAAUUGCCCACUGAGGUGUUGGAGCAAUUUGCUGAUGUCAAGGAGCCUUGGGCCAUGGAGGACUGCGUGAAUCUUCUCAAACUGAUCCACAUUCACGGAUAUGGAUAUUGGACCUUGUACUGCAACGACAAGAACCUGUGCGUAGGUGCCCUGAGUGGUAUGAAACACGACAAAGCCAAGUUUAAGGCGCAAAAGUUGUUAAAGGCAUUGUAUGAACACAGAAGUCACCUAGUCAAAUCCAAAUUGCCGGAUGUUCCCAUGAAUACGGGUCUUCCUCCCGUGCCGUAUCGUAAGAAUAGCAAACUGGAAGAACUUGUCGUUGACGAUGAUGCCGUCGUCGGUAAAGAUGAUGGUAAAGAGAACGCUGUCGAGCUUAUGUUAACUACAGGCAAACCCUUGAUGCGCGAGCACUUCGCUGCAGCUGUUAAAUGGUCUCUAAGGGAUGGGAGGGACCGCCUGAAGCGCCUUAAGUUUCUGAAGGAUCAGAAUGCCCAAGGGGAAGAAUUCUUGAAGGAAGUGGAAGAAGCCCUGCCUGAACUCAAAUCGCUGAUUGAAUCCGCCGUGGGACAAUGCAAAGAUCCGACCACCGGUCAAAAACUCAAGGCAGCCUGUUUAAGAUUUGUCUCCAAAUUCACCUUGUUACCGAUUGAGGAACUGGAAAAGGAAGUGCAGUAA